ACUUGGCGAUCCAGUGCAGAACCGCAAGCCCAACGAGCUAGAACGCCACAAAGUCGACGGCGGAGAAAUCGCGAGAUCGGGAAUAUAUAGUAUCAAGUGCAGUCGAGUCGAGUCGAGACGAGUGCGAGUGCCGGUGAAAAUACAUUGCCCAGUUUUUCCCUAUUUUUGUGCCAUUGAGUUUAAGUGUUCAAGCUACAGAAGUGCAAAUUAUCCCCACUAAAUAGGUUGCUGCUGGAAGUUAAACAUAUAAAAGUAAUCUUGGGGGACUCACUGGCGGCGACAUAAAGCCAUUUUAUCUGUUCGCAAACCCGUGCAGCCAUGGAUUUUAGAAAGCAUUUGGGUUUAUUGACACUCGUCCUGGCCGCCGUUCUCGCGUUUUACGGGCGCCCAGCGGACGCCUGCAGUUGCAUGCCCGCUCACCCACAGACGCACUUCUCCCAGGCGGACUACGUUGUGCAACUGCGAGUCCUCCGCAAAUCAGACACCAUAGAGCCGGGCAAGACCACCUACAAAGUUCACAUCAAGCGCACCUACAAGGCAACUCCCGAGGCGCGACGAAUGCUGCGCGAUGGUCGCCUGGCCACGCCCCGCGAUGACGGGAUGUGCGGGAUCAAGCUGGACCUCGGCAAGGUCUAUAUCGUGGCGGGCAGGAUGCCGACGCUGACCAUUUGCAGCUACUACAAGGAGUACACCAAGAUGACCAUCACGGAGCGCCACGGCUUCAGCGGCGGCUAUGCCAAGGCCACUAGUUGCGCAGUUGUUCCCUGCUUCGGGGCACGAUGCUUUAAGUUCCACCCUCAUGCGGACGAGUGCAAGUGGUCGCCCUUUGGAAAAUGCGAGACGGACUACAGCGCCUGCAUGCCGCACAAAGUGCAGACGGCCAAUGGAGUGAUUUCCCGAUGCCGCUGGCGACGCACGCAGCUGUACAAAAAGUGCCUGAGCAAUCCAUAAAGCACCCAGACUUUAAUCCCCCACUCCGCUCCCUUGUUAUGUUCCCGUUUCUCUCUGUCCAGAGCUUUAAUACGUACGUUAUGGCUAAUGUGUUAUUUAUUAAUUGAUGCUUUCGAACUUGUAACCGGCUCUGUAGCAGCUACUUAAUUAGUGUCUAGCUUAUAAUGUUUAUACCGUGUACACUUACCAAAUCGCGUGGAUUGGGGAAGAAGGUCUGUUCGAUCAGCGGGAAGCCAUCGCGUCCGAGGCGCCGUUGCAGUUGCAGCAGAUGCGAGAAGACCCAGGGCUUGUCCUUCACAAUCAUGAAAGCAGAAGAAAUCCAUUUGAGUCGGCAUCCAACAAAUCAAGGUGUCCACCACUUACCUGAAACUGGUAGAUCGAGUGCAGUGAGUUGAUGCUGGGCACUCCGCCGUACUUUAAGCCCAAGAUCGUGGAGCGGAAGUCGCUGGAUCCGUCGCGUGGCGGCUGGCGAAUCAGGACAAAGUCCGGCCGAAAGGAACGCGCCACCUGUUUUGGUGCGAUAUUCCAAAAAAAAUGUAAGAAUAAUUGAUAAAGCGAAAAUUUACCUAGCUUCUAGAAUAACAAACGCUGGAAAUACUUUUUUGUAAUUUUUAAAAACGAAAAAUACAUAAAAAUAAUAAAAUUAA